AACGUUUAGUCCAUUUUUAAUAGCGAUUCUUUCCGACUUGCGAAAGUUCUCUUUAUAAGAAACCAGUCUAGCGACGAAAGUAGGUCACAUUAACCUAGAAAUUCAAAUCAUUCUGCACGGUGUUGGCCUAGUUGUUGUCUGUUACGUUCACAAGUGCAGCUGCAAGAUGGCGACUUUUGAAAGAGGGCCUAGUUUCUAAAUAUAGCAUUUAACAAAAGCGCUGACGAAUUUCCCCUUUCUUUUUUUUUUCCUUGAAUUUAAGGAUCCUCCAUUUAUGACCUCUGUAUCAUGGCAUGUGGGUGGGGUGGGUGUUAGUUUCAUUAGGCUAGCAAAACAUUAGCAGCAUAAAGAUUUGCAGAUAAUCUUGGCAUACAAAAUGUUUUUCACAGUAAAUGAAUUAUUAACAUUUUGUAUUUCGACAUAUUUGUCACAAUUGUACGAAAUAUUUCCAUUAGGCCAAUUUAAGUUUGAUCUAAAUCUAAAUCCUGCUAACAAAUUAGGUGUUGGUUUUCACUAAGCUUAACUAACUAGACUUAGCUCUUGAAGUCUACAUCAACUACGCCAAAGUUGUACUUGGUGCGCCUAGUGCACAGGGCUAGUGUAGGUCAGUGUACUUUAACCAGUUCUGUUUGCAAGCUCAAAACUGUUUCGUCACACGUCUGCUUAAAAAUAGGCUGACCUACAUUCCUGAUCUGGGACAAGGGCUUCUACUCUUUUUCCUGUAUCGAUCUUGAUUAUUCCCCUGCAGGAAUCAAAUUAUUUGAUUUUUUUUUCUUCCUUUAAAUCCAGUCAAGAUAGAAACCGGCUAGGCCAAUAGUGGACUGAUAUUUUUUUUAUUUUUUUUUUAGCUUUGGAAAAGUCGGUGAGUAGGUCAAUCGAUCGACUCGUGCACCAAUUGUAUUGCCCGCCCCUCCUCUCUCGCGUCUCCAUCAGUAAGGCCACUUACGCCUGUUCGUAGCUAGCGCGAAAUGAGGUCAACCCUGUAUCUCGGUUACUGGGUCUUGUGGCAGUCCGCCCUGCUUUGAGGAAGAAUUUUUUUUUUCAAUAUAAAUAUUACUUACUUUGAAGGAGGCAGCUUUUCAUACACAAAAUUCUAUUUUGUGGAGCAGUCUGGUGUGUGUAGCCUGACGACUAACCUACACCAUCCCACUACAGUCUUAUGUUCAGUCAGUGCUUCAGUUCGGCGAUUUUGUGAUCAUGUUCCCAGCUGUCGGCAUCGGAUAGAUCUCUGACAUUGGAAAUAGUUACAUUUUGUUUGUUUGUAUUGGAUAGUAGGAACUUAGGGCGUCUGAUUUCUUUUAUACAUAUCUACCACAUUGUUUGAAUCUGGAAAGAAGUGACCUGGACAUUGCAUUAGUUUAGUUCUAGUUUCAUUUACAGAUAACUUUAAAUGUGUUAUUCAGAUCUGAACGUUUCGACUAGGCCACGAAAAUGGCAAGUAAGGUAGUACGAGUUUUUGGACAUCCAAUUUUCGAAGACAAAUCUCCUUGUGCUGUUUUAACUCAAGAGAUUCUUUCAAAAUACAUUCACACACGCACAGAAACCCAAACGUUUCUAAGGAGUGUUUUGUUUUGUAGUUUGUUUAUUGUUUUGUUAAUAUUUUGAUUUAACCUUGCCUAAUGCGAGAACUAAUAACCAUGAAGUUCACGUCUGCAAGUGAUAAGUGUAAGAUGGGAAGUUCAUCAAUUGGCAUUCUGAUACCUUGCCAGUUUACCUCCACGGAGUCAUCAGUUUCUUCUGGAACCUGCUCGCAACAGAACUUAACUCCAUGGGAUAGAAAGAAAUGCUUGUCAGUCAAGUGCAAGUUGCCUUAUAAUUUUUGUAAAGCAAAAAGCUUUAGCACAAUGACAAAAGUCAGCGAAGGAAUCUUGCUUGGUAUUGGAAACCCUUUGUUGGACAUCAGUAUUGAUGGAGAUGAACAACUUCUUAAUCGCUAUGGCCUUCUGUCCAAUAAUGCAGUGCUAGCUACCCCAGAGCAGCAUCAGAUUUUCCAUGACAUUGUCAAGAAUUAUAAACCAACUUUUAUUGCUGGAGGUGCCACCCAGAACAGCAUACGAGUAGCCCAGUGGCUCCUUCAGGUCAAGAAUGCUACAACAUUUUUGGGAGCAGUAGGAGAUGAUAAAUUUAAGGACAUCCUUGAGAAAUAUGCUCGUGGUGUUGGUGUUAAUGUUCAGUACCAGGUCAUCAAGGGAGAGAAGACAGGGGUAUGUGCUGCAAUCAUUGUGGGUCUUGAUCGCUCUCUCAUCACCGAACUUGGUGCUGCCCAAAAAUUUAGCUUUGACUUCUUAAAAAAACCAGAGAACUGGGCCUUAGUUGAGAAAGCAAAGUUUUUUUACAUUGGAGGUUUUUUGCUUACAGUGAGUCCAGAUUCUGUAUUAUAUGUAUCCCAGUACUGCUCAAGUGUCAAGAAGACUCUGGUCAUGAACCUCCAUGCCACAUUUCUCUGUGAUAUAUUUGCUGAUCAAAAGCUAGGUCUCUUGCAGCAUAUUGAUAUUCUUUUUGGGAAUGGAGAUGAAGCUCAAGCCUUAGCCAAAGCCAUUGGUUUGAAAUCAGUUACAAUCAAAGACAUAGCAGUGGAGGUAGCAUCAUUGCCUAAAGUCAAUUCUGACCGGCCUCGUAUUGUGAUAUUCACCCAGGGCAAAGACCCAACUUAUAUUGCCACGGAAGGGAAAGUACAAGAAAUGCCAGUUGAUCCUAUUGAUCCAUCACUUAUCAAGGACACUAAUGGCUGUGGUGAUGCUUUCGUGGGUGGUUUUCUGUCUCAGUUGGUGCAAGGCAAACCCUUGUCAGAAUGUUUGCGAUGUGGUCGCUAUGCAGCCAAGGUUGUCAUUCAACACUUUGGUUGCACUUUUGAUGAGCGUCCUGAUUUUGUGUAAAAAUAUUUUUAUUUUGAAAGCUGCUUUUAAGCCCAUUAUACAUCUCUUACUAUUUUUUUUAGCUACCAAACAGAAAAAUUAAUAACAAAAUCUCUUGCUUUAUAUUAACAUGAGAUAAAUUGAGUUUGUGUUACUCUUGCAGAUUUGAGAAAAUUACUUUUUGGCACAAAGAAUAGAAAUGUUCAUUGUCAAAAAAAGACAAGAAUGUGUGUGUGUGAAUCCCAGCUUCUGUAUCCAUCUCCUGAUAAUUUGUCUUACCUGAUUACUGUAUACAGUUAGCACACACACUGCCUCCCAUCUGGCUUAUAAACUUGUAAACACUAUGGCUGAUGUGCCCUUGUUAUGUUGUUGUUAAAUGGUUUUUUGCAUGCAAAGCUUGGAUGUGAUAUUUAACUGACCUAUAAAAAAGGCAAGGAGGUAGUAUGUCAAUACAGCUCAGUGUUCAUAAAAACUUUUUAAAUUUAUGGGCUUUAUCAUGCAAAAAUUAAAUGUUUUUUAAAACUGCUUUUCAUUGCAAUUGAUUUUGAUAUCUGAAUAUAUUUUAUAACUAUCAGAAAAUAUCUAAAAUUUAGAAACGCGUGCAUUAUAAAAUUUAUAAUAAUCUUUAGCAAAAAAAACUUUACAUUAAAAAAGGAUUUCUGUUUGAAUAUUAGGGCUGCAUACUAAAUACUAUCUUCCUGCCGAGGUCAUCAAGUCAUCAAACACUUGUGAUAUGGAUGUUUAUAUGAAUGUUAAGUGUUUUUUUGUUAGUUUGUAUAGAAGUCUUACUAGAGUUAGCACUAUUAGAUCUAACAUGUGUUAGUGUUCAAUUGUAGUUAUAAUUCUGAUUUCAAACAUGCAAAUUGAAUUUGUGUUGUUAUUUCAGUGAGAUUAAGAAAGCUAUUUAUUUGGUAACUGCCGUCUCUUAAACUUUCCACAAUUAUUGCUCAAUAUAAAUACAUAUAUUAUAUAAAUAUAUAUACUCUAUGUACUCCCUAUUAAUAAACUUAGACAAGCUUUGUAGAGAACACCAUAUUUUAGAAACUGGAUGAUAGAAUGAGAGCAUUAUACUGUUAGAAGAAUGCAGAGCAGUUGUCAUUGAACUUAGCUAAUAGAAAGGAGAAAAUGUGGUCAUGACAUAGGACUGAACUUAUCCCACAAAACAUAACAAGGUGUGUUUGAGUCAUGACAGUUGGCUAUGGUAACCUGUUGUGUAUACCUAUUGGAUGCAAAAUUGUAUUAUGAAAAUGAUCUUUAACUAGAAACGAAACUGGCAUUGUAUUCCAUCAUUUCACAUUAUCCACAUUGCUAUAGCGGUGACCUUAAAAUGGCAUAUCAGUAAAUACAUGAUUUUCUUUCAGUCUACCUAAUCAUUGAAGUUUAGAUGUCUAGAUGUGAACAAAUUAUUCUCCUUAAUGGUACUGAUUUGGAAUGGUAUUACACUUUGACUUGAUCUAAUUUUAUGACAAUACAAUGUAUAAAGUGUAAUAUAAAAUGUAUUAUUGAAUUAGGAACAUAGCAUUUGUUGUGUUUUAUAUUUGAUAAUGUAGAAACUAGCUUCAUUUAUACAUUUAUAAAAUAUCUUUGCUACAUAUUAAUAUUAUUUUCUGGUAACUUAGGAAAAUAUUUCUUACCUGUAGACUUGAACACCAAAAAAAAACACACCAUCUAACUUACAUGAAUUAUUUUAUUGCAUUUUAAAACUUCUAUUUCAAUACAAUUUGGUUUACAUUUUGCUUUUUAUCAGCCCAGUGUUUAAAAAUUCAUAUAAAAGAUAAUAGUGUGCUGUUUAUUAUCAACCUAGGAUUUAGAAGUUUUCAGAGUAGUAAAAGUUACUUUGGUGCAUUUGAUUAUUAUAUAUUUAUUAAAAGAACUAUUUCUAUUAUGUAUUUGUAUAGUUUAACUAAGAUUGCUAUGCUUUCUUAUGUUAUUCUUGUCAUUUGGUGAAAAGCUGUCUUGAGAAAAAAAUAUUACUAUUCAAUUUUUUUUUUCUUGUAAAUAUAGUGAACAAGUCCAUAUAUGUGUGUAUGUACCACAGUUUCUUUUGUGACAUUUAAAAUAAAAUAAUGUAAUUAGUUUCAGUAGCUCAUAAUAACUGUAUAUGUUUUUCACUUUGAUGCUUAACAGUCAUGGAUAUAGGAGUAGGCUUACCUUAAACAUUUAUGAUUUUAUGUGUGGGGCAGAUUUGUUAAAAUAGUCUUGUUUUUUUUUUUAACAAAGUUCAUUGCAUUUUAAAGCCUUUCAUAUUAUUCAGUCUUGCCAUAUCCCCAUUUAAAAUCUGUCUUGUUCAAGGAAGUGGUCAAAUUAAACAUUUUCAUUGUAAAAUAAAUUCUAUGCCUUUUAUCUAUUUGUUUUUUAAAUUAAAAAAAUGGGUCAGCAAAUUGCAUAAUUAAAUAUUUUUUUAGACACUAAAUGCUGAAAAUGAAUAAGGAAUUGAAUUGAACCUAGACCCUCUUCUCCCUCUAUACUUUUAUGUACUAUGAAACCUUGUUAUAUAUUACAUGAUUUUAUUGAUUAAUUGUAAUAUUAGACUGACUAUUUUGUAAUUUGCCCUAAGACCUGGCCAAACUCUAAGGAAAUGAAUGGGCUUUCAAUAGGCUAAUAAUUGAAUUCAAGCAUUGGUUUAUUUCAAAUAUUCUAUACAGGCAGACAUAUUGAAAUUGUUAGAUUAUAUAGAUAUCAAAGAAUACAUGCUUGUUUUUCAUCACUAAGUCAUAUCAAAUGUUUGACAUUGUCAGGCAUCUGUUAACAUGAGAUGGUUCAAAAAAUCAUCUUGAAAAGAAACUAAUACCACUUACGUUAGAGGGCAGAGGUAUGUCAAUAAACUAUGAGUGCAUAUUAUUCAGUUAAAUAAAUAUGAAAACAAUAUUAGAAAACCAAGACCCCAGCCAUCUUAUCCUAUAAUUAUUCCUUGAUUGAUCCACAUUAACCUUAAUCUGCUAUUUUUAAAAUGACUUAUAAUAAUUCAUUAACAAGUAAUUGUAGAAUCAGCUACUUAAAAACAAAACAUGUGUAAAUGCCCUUGAACUCACCAAUGACAAAUAUGAAUCACUAACUUAAAUUAAGCAAACAAGUUAAAUGUGUCCUGAAGUUGAAAAUAACAUGGCUUAAGGCUAUAUGUAUUUUUACACAAUUAGCUGUAAGCAACUUGAGAAAGAGAAACAAAUUAUUGAAAUAAAUCCCAUUAGUUUUUGUUAUUGAAAUUUAGUUGCAUUACAUUUUCUCUUUUCUUAACUAUUUUCAAAUUUAUAACUGCUGCCAUCCCCUGCUGUCCUGCAGGAGGUUUGAGUUAGGACAUAAUCUUCAUUUCUUAAGGAAUAUCUGACAUGUAUAUAAGUUCUGAUUACUUACUGUCAAAGAGAUUCAAAACUGUAGACACAUAUUUAUAAUUUAUAGGUAGUCCUUAAUAAAUAUUCUAUACAUACAUAGAUCCAUUGUUCUAGUCACUCAUAAUAUUUAGUAUUCCAAAUUUUACCAGUUAUAUAAAAAACUUUAAAUUUUGUUCAUUGCAAUUUUCUAAACUGUUAAUUGAUAGCUAGAUGUUGUGUUCCUCUGUUGACUUAAAUAAUUUAUUUCUUAAUUUACUUUUGUAUAUAAUGUAUGUGCUCUGUACAUAGUGUUUUAACUUGAUGACAUUGUUAGUAAAAAAAUUUUUUAGCUCUUGUUUGUUCGCUUACACGCAUAGAAUAUUACAUAGUUAUGAUAAGAUUUUCUUGUGCUUUUUUAUUAAUUAAUUUUGUUUUUCCUUUCAAUAAAAAAGUAUCUAUAAGAAACUGUUCUUAUUGUGAAUGUGUGUUACUUGAUGUACUGCAACAUUGCUUGGGUUUUUUUGUGUUUUUUUGCUUUAGAAUUAAUAAGUUGAGUUACCACUUUAAUUUAUGACAAUGAUGGUGAAUGGAUUGAACUCAUCUUUAAGACCUAGAUUUAUAUCUACUAGAUUACAUUGUGUAGUUGUGUUGCUAGAUAUCACUCUGGAAUCAGUGAAUUAAUAGAUGGAAAGAUGUAUGAAUAAGUUUGUCCCAUGUGAUGUCUUGUAUUGUCUACUCAAGGACUACUGCUGCAAUGUAUGUCCCAGAAACUCAGGGGUUUUCAUCUUUUUUAUUUUUUUUUUUUGCCAGGAUAGGCAGUCAUCAUUGCAUUUCUAAGACCCACUGGGGAUAGUCAGGCUUCUUUAGCUCUUAAGUUUGUAUUAAAUUUCUUUUGAAGGUAUUGAAAGUAGACCAAAAAAAUGUGUUUCGACAUUUAUUUCUUUUGGAAUCUCAUUUCACUGUCUCUCCACAUUUGACUCUCUGCUGAAUCCGAAACACCAAACUAACCCAGUGGUUCUUACCUUCCCCAUUCUUUUAUUAUUUCAAUUAUGCACUGGAUGAUUGAAACUGGAAGGUAUUGGUCACUAGCCUAUAUCAUUUAUCAAACACGUUUUAAAAAUACUUUUUAAAAAUUUUACCUUUUAAAUAAUGAAGAAAAGAAUAAUAGUAGUGAAGAAAAAGAUUACUUAUUGUUAAAUCAAUUUCAAACUUUGCAAGAUCAUUUUUAAGUUGACAUUAUCAAACUGUAAUUGUAAUUUAUGAUGUUCACCAUCCAUUAUGAAAAUGUCUAAAUGUCUACAAUGAAAAUGCUAGAACAAAUAAAAAUGUAGAAAGUCUAGAUUUUUUGUUUGUUCUGUUAGCUCUUUAUGAUGUAGCUAGUGCUACAGUGACUUCCUGUUUCCGUCGCCAGAUCAAAGGAUGAUAUCCCGGUUGUUAUGUACAGUCCCUUCAAUGGGAAUAUUUCACCAGACAUUUCUAUUUAUAAGUCCAUAGUUGUUUGUUUGACUUCUCCAUAUUGUACUAUGAUGUUUGUCUUAGAACUAAUCAAUCCAAUGGAAAACUAUAUUGAUCAAGAUUUCUCAAGUAUAAAAUGUCAGUCUGAAGUAUGCUGAACUAAUGUAUCUCAUAGACAUAGUGCUUCCAUGUCCUAAGAAAUAUAACAAGCUUGAGCAGUAAUUCAUAUUUAUUGUUGUCUAUGCAAAUACAUGAUUAUAAUCUUUUUUUUUUUUUUCGUAUUUUCUGUAAUUUAGCUAUUCCUUCUAACAUGCAUUUUACGAAUUAUCUGUAUUUAUUUUUGUUAACUAGUAUCCUUGAAUCAAAAUGAAGUUUGCACUUUAUCAAAGCAGAGUCCAAGCUAUAUUGCCUAGCCAAAUGUUUGAGGUAGUUCUCUCCCUUCACUGUCAGACAGCUAUUUAUCUUUCUGUUGUAACAAGGUCUUGUUCUAGCAAUGCAGUUGUAAAAUACUGUCAAUGUCUGUGUUAUUUAUAUUUGUGUAAUAUCCGAUAGACAGUAUAGGCAGUUUACUAUUAUGCCAUAAUAAGCUAAAUGUAUGUAGACUAAAUGUAUUUAGACAAGGUGUAACUUUUUUUUUUUUACCCUGCACAUGAACCAACUGAUUUUGUUGUAUGUGUGUGCAAGAUGGUCUAUGACAUUGUUUGUGUGUAAAUAAAAGAAAAAAGCAAUUAAUCUCAAGAAUGAACAUCAGAAAGAAAAUUUGUACUCAAGACUUAGAGGGUGUAGAAAGAAUGAUAUGAUGGAUGUUUCUCCUUCGCAGGCGAAGAUGAGCACUGAUUUAGUAUUCAACAUGUUUGUGUGUUCUUAUGGUUGUAAAGAAACAAGGUUAUAAAAAUCAACAUGUCCAAAAGGGCAGCAGUGUACAUUGCGAGAGUACAGUCGAUAUUGUAUUACUGCACUCAGUUUUUUUGCUUUUUUUGUAUUGAUGUGAUUAUUUAUAACCACUUAAACCUGACGCUUCUUAAUUAUUAUUUAGCUGAUUUCUAAUCUGUCUUUAAUGUAACCUUGAACAACAAAAAAAAUAAUAAAAAAUAUUUUCCCAACAAA